GAGCUGAGUGGGCUGUGGACAGAGCCCCUAUUGUUCCCAGCCCACUCCUGCCUAAUAUGGAAUUCGCAAGGAAACCAAUGAUUUCCUGACACUGACGAUGCGUGGCCGCGCAGGGGCGAGUGCAAAACGCUGUUUAGAGUACCGAGGGAUUAAACCGUGGCUGCAGAAACAGAAAAAUGUAAAACAACGGGAUGCAAGUUGUAGGAGUUAUCGCAAGUUUCCAUAAAAGCGCUGUCGAUGGCGUCAGGUUGUUUUGGGAGCGAGAGCUAACGCGUGGGUCACCUACUUGACUGAUUUGGCUGCGCACGGUUCGACACAAUACAUACAUUGCGUUUUAGGUACGAUAACGGGCAAAACUAUCGGGAAUUUUUCUGCUUUUGUCGACCAGGAGGUUUGGUACCCUUGGUGAAUAUAGUUUUAGGACUUAUCAUGCCUACUCUCGGCACAAAAAGUAGGCGAAAUGCGGUGGAGAUGGUUGAGGAUCGCAGCGAUACUGAGGAUAUUGCGGCCAAGAAGAUGUUGAAAUGUGUCGUGGUUGGUGACGGGGCGGUAGGGAAAACCUGUUUGCUGAUGAGUUACGCAAAUGAUGCUUUUCCAGAGGAAUAUGUACCGACUGUAUUCGACCAUUAUGCGGUAAAUGUUAUGGUAUCUGGGAGACAGCACUUGCUUGGAUUGUACGAUACUGCUGGACAGGAGGAUUACAAUCAGCUGCGGCCCCUUUCCUACCCCAACACUGAUGUCUUUCUCAUCUGCUUCUCCGUCGUGAAUCCGGCUUCCUAUCACAAUGUGCAGGAGGAAUGGGUACCUGAGCUGAAAUCCUGCAUGCCUCACGUACCCUACAUCCUCAUAGGAACACAGAUUGACCUGCGUGAUGACCCAAAGACACUGGCCCGACUGCUUCAGAUGAAGGAGAAGCCACUAAGCUAUGAGCAGGGCCUUAAGCUGGCCAAAGAGAUUGGAGCCCAGUGCUAUCUUGAGUGCUCAGCAUUGACUCAAAAAGGACUAAAGACAGUUUUCGAUGAGGCCAUUUUGACUAUCUUCAGCCCCAAGAAGCAGAAAAGGGGCUGCAGAGCCUGUUGGAGUUGCUGUGCUAUCGUGUGAGGACAGAUAUCUCCAACUGUGAACGCCCACGCCUCCUAUAAAGCUUUGUCUACAUCACAGACCCAAGCCUCCAAAACCGCCUCCAGUCUGAUGCACAUCCUUCCUAUCUCCAUCGGCUUGUUGUCUCUCAAGACAAUGAGCGGUCUUGCCCUCAGUAUGUGUGUCUAAUAGAGAGUUUCUCUCACAAUUGUUGAAGUUACUGACAAUAGAAGUGCCUUAAUCCGCAUCCAGCGUGCACACUCUUCUCGAACCAAAGAUUUCUCACUUACUGCUAGUCACUGACGUGCAGCGACGUCUUCAAUCUCCAAUCAAAAAAGAAAGCGGCAGAUACUUCUCCGGGCCAUUGGAUUUUUUUUAACAGACUACAUUAUAUGGUUUCGCAAAGCUUAUAAAAAAUGAAAAUCCAUUCCUUCGUAAAGACGGCUUCUCUCAGUCACCUCAAAUCAAUACUGCGCUCUUUCUGCAGUCGAUGCUUCAGCAGUUUGAGCUAGUUAAUAAGGGAAAUUCUCUGGAGGCUUGCCAACUCAUCAAUAAAGAGAGAGAUGUUACAGAGACCAGAUAGAGAGAGAGAGAAAGAGAGAGAGAGAGAAGUGUGUCUUUACCAUGAUUUAUUAGUCUUGUGGGUCAAAAUUAGCAUACCCCAUGUUAACACUUCCAAUAAACAGCUCCAUAACUACACAUCUAGAAACAACAAUCAAAUACUCUACACUAAAGCCCUAUUCGCACGGGAUUACUAAAACCUGGUGACCUCUAGUGAUUUGUAAUAAUUGCGGAGCUUGUCUGUGAUCUUAAUCCUGGCCAAUUUGUAAAGUAAUUCCCCCGCAAAUGCUCGCACUGCAGCAUAUACAGAGACACAUUCCUCCUUCUUAUAUCUUUCCUUGUGAAACUUAAGGGAAUUCGUUAUAUGUAUUUCUGUUUUAAACGUCUAAUCAGUCUCUUCUCUUCCAUGUUUGAUGAAUAAUAUUUUAGAAUGUGCAGAACUGUCAUUAUUUGAGACUUCCGAGUUUAGGCGGAGCUGUCAGCCCCGACAUUGCAGAACAGUUUCUAAAAUAGAAUCCACUGACACUCGACAAUCAAGGUAAAGGAACAUUUUACCACGUGUUGCUACGUGUAUAUGACUAGAUGUUACGCAAAUAUCUGAUAAGUCAAAGGCUUUGCUUAUUUCGUGCCACACGAAACUCGGAGGGGGGUUAUUUCAAAAUCUAACAAGGUCCGCAGAUAAUACUAAUCCUGUGCGAAUAGUACUUAAUACUGAAAUAAGUGACAAAUAUGUGCGUGCUGUGCCACAUGAAUUAUUUGGGUUUCUUUGGGUUUUCAAUAAUGCAAGGCCCUGAAGGAAAUCACUUGACACACAAUUUUCUGUCCCUGUAUUUGAAGUUUUACCAUCUUGAAGAGCUGAUCAUGGAUUAUAAACUAUGAUUUGCUACUUGCUAGUAGGUUUCAAGGAAAGACAGACAUCAUUUCAUUUUAUUGAGCAUUUGAUUGAACAUAAAUCUGUGUAGAGCAACCUGUCACCAAUGUCUUAACCCCAAUUUAUACUUCUGCACCGAGUGUACGCCGUAGUCUAUGUAUAAAUGUGUACUCUAUGUCAUAGCCUGAAACACAUCCCAAAAAAUGUAACAACACAUUGAUUCUAUGCGGACCGCUAGCACCGUGAUUGGUUGAUUACAUUUUUUGCGUGUCAGGCAUGCAUAUGUGUAGCAGUGGCGGGCUGUGACUUUUCUUUUGGGAGGCACGAAUGCAAAGUUCGUCAAAACAUGCAUGUUGCUCAUUAUGUGUGGCUUGUCAUGUCAACAUAAGUGUUUGCCGCGUCAUGUAAACCUGUGCAUCACGCAUUAUGUCAAAAUGUGCUUCUGCAGAUACGUCGAACGGGUUUAUGAUAAAAGAGACGCUUGUGUUUGCUAGAUACUCGCUUAAUCUCAUGUGUAAUCAGAGUUAAGUGUUAAAGGAACACUCCACAUUUUUUUGAAAAUAUGCUCAUUUUCCAGCUCCCCUAGAGUUACACAUUUAAUUUUUACCGUUGUGGAAUCCAUUCAGCCAAUCUCCGGGUCUGGAGGUACCACUUUUAGCAUAGCUUAGCAUAAUCCAUUGAAUCUGAUUAGACCAUUAGCAUCGUGCUAAAAAAUAACCAAAGAGUUUCAAUAUUUUUCCUAUUUAAAAUCUUCUGUAGUUACAUCGUGUACUAAGACGACGGAAAAUUAAAAGUUGUGAUUUUCUAGGCAAAAACCCAAAGAAACCCAUGUUGCGCAUCAAAGUCCUUGAUUAUUACACAAGAAUGAGAGUAUAGUUCCUAGUGCCACAUCAGCCUAGAAAAUCACAACUUUUAAUUUUUUGUCGGUCUUAGUACACAAUGUAACUACAGAAGAGACAAGUUUAAAAUAGGAAAAAUAUCAAAACUCUUUGGCUAUUUUUCAGCGCGAUGCUAAUGGUCUAAUCAGAUUCAAUGGAUUAUGCUAAGCUAUGCUAAAAGUGAUACCGCCAGACCCAGAGAUCAGCUGAAUGGACUCCAAAACUGUAAAAAUCAAAUAUUUAACUGUAGAGGGGCUGGAAAAUGAGCAUAUUUUGAGUGUCUCUUUAAGUGAGUGUUUUGCUAGUAUUUCAUAUUUUAUGAAUGCGAGUGUCUUUUUUAUCCUAAACCCUGUCGAUAUCCGAUGCACAAGUGUACAUGACGCACAGAACACAUUUUUGAUAUGACAAGCCACACACGACACGGCAAACACAUAUUUUGCAUUCCUGCCUUCCCAGAAAAAAAGUCAUUACACGCCACUGAUGCAUAGGCUAUGUCGUACACUCAACGCAGAAGUAUAAAUUUAACUAUUUUCCCAGGAGAUAAAGUAAAUUUAAAUGCUACAAGUACAAGGAAUACACUAGCAUACAGAUGUCAAACUGACAAA